UGAUUUGAGGAGAAGCGCACUUCGCUCCCAUGUAUUAUGAGAGUCUGUUAUGAAAGCGACAUUAAAUUAAAACUUGGAUCUUGAAAACCAAAGUGCCCGAUAGUGUUGAAGCCUUUUUAUGCUGAACAGCUCUGAACAACCGGAACGCUUGUGAUCAUACAGUGUUUCCCCCGGAAGGAUUAUUUCGUGGUACCGCAGCUAGCAAAAGAUAAACAAAGUUCAACAUGGCAGAGACUCACAGCUUGCAGGACUUGAGGCAACAGCCGGCAGUAGCUGCUAAAGUUUUCCUUCAGAGAGAUUAUACCCAUGGCACCAUGUGCCAAUUCCAAACCAAGUUCCCCUCAGAGCUGGAGACCCGGAUUGACAAGCAGCAGUUUGAGGAGACCGUGCAGACCCUGAACAACCUGUACACUGAAGCAGAGAAGCUGGGGAGCCAAUCAUUAAUCGAAGGCUGUCUGGCGUGCCUUACAGCAUACACAGUCUUCCUGUGUAUGGAGACCCACUAUGAGAAGGUUUUGAAGAAGAUCGCAAAGUUCAUUCAGGAGCAGAAUGACAAGAUCUACGCACCCAGAGGCCUCCUGCUCACAGAUCCCAUCGAGAGAGGCCUGCGAGUCAUUGAGGUCACCAUUUUUGAAGACAGGAGUCUGACUAGAUAAGAGCGUCCACGCAGCUGUUCGUCUGAGUGAAACUGCAGGGCCGUGACCAGACAGCACACCCCCCCCCCCCUGCUGAGGACCACCCUGCACCCUUAAUACUGCGUCUGUACAAUCUGUCCCUGACCCCACUUUCUAUCAAAUGAAUGACGAGCUUGAUAUUUAAGUAUUAUUCCAUCAUUCUUACUGAAAUCCCUUUACCCAUUAAUAGUCUGUUAUAUUCUGAUAUGUUGUCGGAGAAGACUUAUUGACGUCCUUAAAGCAAUUACACUUUUUUAGUUUUUGACGACAGUUAACCAUGAACAUAAUAAUGUACACUCCUCUUGGAAUAAUGUAGCCGACACACAGGGUAUCUUUUUAUUUUUUAUUUUUUACGAGCGAUAAUGAAGCUCAUCCACGACCUUUAAUGCUUUAAGUGACCGUCUCUGGUUAUCAUGUGAUUCGCUGCAUGUAUCGAACUUCACAAAGCACUUGCAGCAGUGCUUUGUUUAUUUUCACGUCUUAUUGCACGCUUCCUUUGUAGCUUUUAUGCCUUACUGCCAAUUUCCACACUUUUGGCACGCCUCCUGUGGAAACAGGAGAAUAAGAGCGGCAGUGAAGAGCCCCGUAGUGCGUGUGAUUAUGUGGAAAUCGGCAGUUUAAGUGAACUAAACUGAACUCUGUCAGGAUCGUUACAUUCCAGUAAAGAUGUCAGAUUGUAACAGAAAUGUAAAUCUUUGAAUCAGGAGAUUAUUUAUGAAGACUGAAACUUGUCUUUGAGCAUGUGAUGUUGUUCAUGCUCAUUUUAUGUCCUUUCUUUGGAUUUUUAUUUUUCUGUUCUGUGCACAAUUCAGUGACUACUUUAGGUUGUUUAGUCUCAUAAACUGUUGUCCUGCCUUUGACCUGAGCAUUAGAAGGACUCGUGUUGGUCGAUGGUGCCUGUAACUGCGUUGAAUGUUUCCAGUGUUAGUCUAAAGAUCUGAUCAAGUGAUUUCAUGAUUUUUUAGUGAUAUCCUGAAGAAAGUGAUCGUCACAGUUCUGCCUUUGGAGGGGGCGGAGAGAGUCUCUUGUAUCUUAUUGCAUCAUUCACUUUUAUUUCUCCUCCGCUUAAGCAGUAUAUGAGGAAUGCUUUGUAGACUACAAAGGAGUCUUAGGGCCACAUUAAUGGGGAACAAAUCUGAGAUUUAGAGAAUACAUUUACUAGAAUAAAGUUGUUUUAGUCUAUAGUUCUGUCAGAAGAGGAGCAGCCGCCUGUAUGUAAAUGAGGAACGUGGAGCAUCUUGUGAAGUUAUACUUUAGUAGAUGUUUGACUAAUGAGGAAAUACUUAUGCACAUCAGCAUUAUCAUGAAUAUCAGGAACCUGAAAAUAUACUGAAAGAAACUGGAGUUUGUCUGAAAAGAGAACCACACAGACUCUUCUGAUACAACCUUUCAGAAUAAUAAUUUUAUUUGUGGGCUAAUUUAAAUUGAUGAAUUUAAUGUCCUAAAUGUAUGACUUGAAUCUUGAAAUGUUAGAAAACAAAUUCUUUAACGUGGCCUUAAUACUCCGUCGUAGUAUAUUUUGAAUAGGAGGAUGAAAACAAAGUACAAAUGCCUAUUUAAGAUUUUCCCUUCAUGACAUCACAAAGGGCAGUAACCCCUCCCCCAGGUGGGUGACACUCCCACAGCUAGGUGUUUGUUCUGCCCUCUGAGUCUGCCUUCUCACCGUAAACAAUAGGACAUGGAGCGUGAAAGCACAGAACCACACAAGCCCUUCCAGAGAGGGGGCGUGGUCAGACACAGCUCAUUUACAUAUUUAAAGGUACAGACACAGAAACAGCCUGUUCUGAGCAGGGCUGAAAUAGAGGGGUUUAUAGACAUGAUCAAAUACAGGAUCAGAGUGGAUUUAGAACAAGAAACUUCACACACAUGUUUUGAGGAGCUCUGAGACUUAUUUACACUGAUUGAAGAGGAGGAGGAUAUGUGACCUUUAAAUCAUGUUGAUGACAUCUUGGCAUUUUCAAAUCAACAG